GGUGGGUUUUGGCCGGAGAGGGAGGGAGAACGAGUUCUACGUCAAACGUUAGCAAAGUUCGUUUAAAAUAUUUUAAAGCUUAAUUUAUUAAUUCCUUGUCUCGCUAAGGAUAUUUUUACCAUUAAAUCUUCUGGAUUAUACACACAACUUUAAGGUCAAUGACAAUGCCUCCUGUAAAGUACCAGAAAGGAGACACGGUGAUGGGCCGCUGGCCUGGUAGCAGUCUGUACUAUGAAGUGAAGGUGCUGGACUUUGAUGUUAAAAGUAAACUCUAUACUGUCAUCUACAAGGAUGGUACAGAGCUGGAACUGAAGGAGCAAGACAUCAGGAGUUUGUCUGGUUUCCAAACUCGGUCCCGCUCCCGCUCUCGUUCCCAGUCUCCAGGCCGCCGUCGUAGUCGGUCGCGUUCUCCUGCAAGGACCACUCGUCGCUCAUCUUCUCGGACAGCUGCAGCCGUUGCUGCUGCGGCUAUAACAGACAGUGCACCAUCCUCCCGCAAGGAUAUAAAGCUGAAGGAUACAUUGGAAGUCAGGCUCAGCCCCCUGCAACAGACAAAGGCAGCAGAGAACAAUAGCAACAAUAAGCAUGAAAAGAAAGAGGAGAAUAACACUGCUAGCAAAGUAAAUGAGAACAUUGAGGCAAAGGCAGACACAGAACCUGAGAAGAACCAAGGCCGCUACAAUCUGCGCCGCAGGAAGGAUGAUGGCGAGGGCAAACCGGAAGUGCAGGAGGAGGAGGUUAAAGUGGCUGCACCUGCUCCUGCUGCCACCCCCUCCACCCCACUAGACUUUGGAGGGAAGAUAGGAGCAUACUUCUGGCUGCUCUUCCUGCCAGCCUGGGUUCUCUUUGUGAUACUUCAGGGCAACCUGGAGGACCCCAGCCUGGCAAACUUCCCCCCUCCUCUGCCUCCACUUGAAGCCUUCUGGGAUCCCCAGGCUCUCGUCUUUGUCAUCCUCUGGAUCUUAUUCCAGGUCUUGCUCUACGUCUUGCCUGUUGGAAAGCUGAGUGAGGGAAUGCCACUGAGGUCUGGGGAGAGGCUGAAGUACAGAACUAAUGGUUUCUUUGCCAUCGCGGUGAGUGCUCUAGCGGUGGCAGCAGCAGUGCACCAGGGUGUUGACCUCACUUACGUCCACAGCCGCUUCUUGCAGCUGGCCACAGCCACCUUCAUCAUCUCCGUCCUGCUUAGCAUCUACCUGUAUAUCCGCUCUCGCUACGCUGCCCCUGAACAGCUGGCACUGGGAGGAAACUCUGGCAACGUGGUUUAUGACUUUUUCAAAGGACAUGAGCUCAAUCCCCGUAUUAAGAGCUUUGAUCUGAAAUUCUUCUGUGAGAUGCGUCCUGGACUAAUUGGCUGGUGUUUGAUCAACUUUGCCAUGGCUCUGGCGGAGAUGAAGCAGCAGGGUCUGGAUGCUCCAUCAUACUCCAUGAUCCUCGUGAACCUGUUCCAGCUGCUCUAUGUGGUGGACGGUCUGUGGAAUGAGGAGGCCAUCCUGACCACCAUGGACUUGAUGCAUGAUGGUUUUGGCUUCAUGUUGGCGUUUGGUGAUCUGGUGUGGGUUCCUUUUACUUACACCCUGCAGGCUUAUUACCUGGUCAGCCACCCCAACCCCCUGAGCCUCCCAGCAGUCGCAGCCAUCCUCCUACUCAAAUUCGUUGGCUUCUACAUCUUCAGGAAAUCCAACUCUGAGAAGAAUGCCUUCAGGAGAAACCCAUCAGACCCUAAGCUGUCCCAUUUGAAAACCAUCCCCACAGCUACGGGGAAAAGUCUGCUGGUCUCUGGCUGGUGGGGCGUGGUCCGCCACCCCAACUACCUGGGAGACCUCAUCAUGGCUUUGGCCUGGUCUCUACCUUGUGGCUUCAGCCACCUCCUGCCGUGGUAUUACAUGAUCUACUUCGUGAUCCUUCUUGUGCACCGAGACUCGCGUGACAUGAGCGAGUGCAGGAGGAAGUACGGCUCGGCGUGGGACGAGUACUGCCGAACUGUUCGGUACCGGAUUAUUCCCCGCGUCUACUGAGGAACCCAACGAUGGACACUCCAGAGCUGAGGCCUUUUUUUUUUUUUUUUUUUGAACCAACAUUACGGCCUUGUGAAGGCUCACUGAAAAUAUGAAUGGAUUGACUGACUGAUUAGACUUUCUUUCUUAAUGCAAGAAUUUUAAACGACAAUUUUAAUUCUCAACUGAAGGAGCUUCAGUGCAUUGAAUUUAUUGAAUUUUACAAUGAAUGAAAAAAGACCCUCAUUGGUAUGAUGGAUUUUUCUGGGGAACUGCCUUUUUUUAAAUAGAAAUUAUUUUUUAAAACUUUACAAAACGGGAGAGAAAAAAAACGCCUCUGCUAGGAAUGUCUUGUAGGAUGUAUAUUUUUGUAUAUACACAUUUGUUUUUAUACUUCCAGAAUAACACACCACAUGCUUACCUUUUUGGUACAUUUCGCCCUUUGCAACCAUAUUCAAAAUGUUAAAGUAUGAGCUUGGCUAUCAUGAAUCAUUUUGUAAGUACGCCUUCCUAUUAUAAUUAUACUGCUUGUGUAUAUUGUGAAGGAUGGGAUUUCAAAAAGCUCCCCUUUUUUGAUAAGCUGUACAGUGAAAACUCGGACUCAUGUUAUUUCUCAGGACCCAGGACUUGGCCAGAAAGUUGAAUUAGAAAAGUUUUGUCUUAAUUUUGUUGUGUAUAAUUUUAUAUAGAGAUCUAGUUUUGACUUGAGAGUGUAAAAUGAUUUUAGAGGUUUCAAGAAAAAUGCACUAAUGCGUUAUGGCAUUUUUAUUUUUUUCUUCUUGCAUUAUCGAUUCCAAAGUAUAUUUGAUUUGGCUUUGCUACCUCAGGUUCGCUCACUGUCCAGUUCUCCCUCGUCGGUGCUCUCUGGGAGGCAGUGUGUGUAAUUAUGAGUGUUACGUCACUGCUACAUGAGUUAAACUUGUCUUUCAUUUUACCAGUAACGUUACUAUCCAUUCUGGUCAAGUGGCAGCCAUCCACAUCACACAUGAGUUGUGCAUUUAGGAUAGAAUUCCCCACAGCUUUCUCUUCAUCCUCCAUUAUUUCCUGCAUUGUUGUGGAAACUAUUUGUAUUUCGUCCUGACAAUUUCUGGAUCAUACUUUCUACAAUUAACUGGUUGUUAAAUUCUCCACAGUGCCACGUGAAUUUGGUUUUGACCUUUUUAAGCUUUAACUUUGCCAGGUCAAGAGACAAUGACUAUUUUAAUGAAGUUUAUACUGUGACAAUGUGCAGAGCUGUUGGCUGCUUUAGCAUUUGUAACCUGUGUAUUUGCAAACCUUAAAAAGUAUUUUUAUGCUUAUGCAACUAUAGAUGAUCACGCCAGUAGCAAUACGUUAAUUAGACUUGGUAGCAUUUUUUUUAUGCUGUGCUGACUGAAUACCCUGUAAAUAACGUUUUGUUUUUUUAAUCAUGUCAUUUUGAGUAAAAGAAAUGAGUAGUGAUAAUAGUCAUUUUUCUCAGUAGAUAUUUAAUGUUGCUGUUUAUUUGGGUUAACUACCUGAUUUUGACCACUGUAGUUAUGUUUACACACCUAGAUCAGCCAUGGUUCUGGACAAUACUUCAGAUUGUAUUACAACAAAUUUAGAUUGGUGUGCUAUACUCUUUACCUGAUCACAGGGUAAAAACAAAUGUUUGAUACUUGAGAUGCUACAAUCCUGUUUGCUCCAGGACACAUUGCAGUGAUGCAUAUAAUUGUUUAUUAUUAUUAUUACGGUGGUAAACUUCACUGUUUGGUUUGACAGCCUAUUAUUGGAAAGCAAUAAGUGGGAUGUACGAUACUAUGACAAAAAUGAAUGAGGACGUUAACAGGUCCAGCAGGCUGUGAAGAGGAAUCAAAUCUGAGACAGCGGCUGGAAAAACUUCUGUACAAAUGUUGCAGCAUGAAAUAAAGAUUUACAGUAUUUCCUUU